AUGUGUCUAUAUAAAGGUAUGCAUCCAAAGAUGGUUUAUGGGUUUGUUAAGGUCAAAGUAUUAUUUAUACUGUACUACCUGUUGUUUACUUUGAUCUCUUUCAUUCAUCAUCCACUAUCCCUUCUUCUGUCAUCCAUCUUCCAUCAUCUUCCAUCUUCAUCCCCUGACCAUCAUCAUCUUGGUUUAUCAUGUUGUCAACCAUCAUAUGUCAAUUUUAAAGUGGUUAGUUAUCAAUAUUUUAAUAAUAGGUUUACUAGUCAAGGUAUAGGUAGAGUUGAAGCAGCUACAUUCAGUACAACCAACUUUCAAUUCUCAGAUGCAUGUGUUAUCAAUGCCACCUACACUGAAGGAUGUGAUAUAUUUGGUGACAUUAGCUUUUGGGAUGUACCAGAUGCAUUUCAAAACAGCGUCGGCUAUACCUUCCGUAUCGACUUGAGCGAACACUCAGAGGUCAUCAAGUUGGUUGUUAGCAACUUGACUCAGUUUGAUAUGGAAGGUCUGUUGGUGUUUGGUGGUCAGUCGACAUCUCUAGUCUUUGAUGUCUCUGUCUUUAACAUCACAGCCAACGUGACAUUUGAUAGCGUCAACCUCGAGGUGGUCAACGACACGACCAUCUAUGCCGACCAGGUCUACUUUAACAACAACACCAACGUGCAUCUUGGUCAAAACUCUAAAUUCUACACCUAUGUAUUCAACAGUGACAACUCGUUGACCAUCGACCCCACCUCUGUACUCAACAUCUACGAUGACUCUGCUGUCACAGCAUCUCUGUUUAUCGCCAAUGGCAUGGUCAAUUGCCACGACGACUCUCAGUUGAUUGUUAAUAUUGCCAACUUUUACAAUCUGUUUGUUGGUGUCAACGCGUCGAUCCACGCCACUACCACCGUCAAUAUCUACGGUAAUAAUACCAUCAUAAACGGUGCUGUACUCGGUGCAUCAUUGUCGCUUAAUGAUCACGCCAAUGUCACCUCGACCGGCGGUUCCUUUAAUACUACCAUCUUGCAAUUCGGCAAAAACGCAAAGUUGAUCAUCGACAAUGGUGCGUCGUAUAUAAACUCGCUCGUACUUCCUCCAUCAUCCGUCUUUGCUCUCAUAAACAGUACUUUUGUCUUGUCUGGAGACGAUGCACAGGAGCAACAAAACCUCGAGGGUUAUAUCAUGCUCAAUGGCAACUCUAACAUUACACUGACCAACGCCACCAUUACCAACAUCUGGACCGACACGAUUAAGCACCCACAAGGAGGUAUCUACAGCACCAUCACGUUGGUAGGAGCCAAUUCAUUUGUCAACACGAUGCAACUCAACUCGCAUAUCAUUGUCGAGCCACAAAGCAGUAUCAUCAUCCCCGUUGAACUGCAACUCUACAUGGGUAUCGACAAUUACGGUAGUAUCUAUUUGCUCGACCGUCUCAUAUGCAACAAUGCCAAGUUGACAAUGCCAUCGGCCGACAGUGUGAUGCAACUCGACAAGCUUGCCGCCGUGUGGGCAUACAUACUCGAAAACAAAGGUGUCAUCAACUCGAAUACAUUGACCUCUAUCCACUCCAACGUCAACAACUCUGGUACUAUCAGUAUCCAGGCCGACUGUGCCAUCUCCAUCACCGGUUACUUGGAUCUAUUUGAUGGAUCUGUCAUCAAUAUCGGUGGUAUUGGUCCCAACACCACAUACUCUGCUCUUGGAGUAGUCAAUGGAAUCCGUGCCUAUGGUGACCUCCUAUUCAAUGUGUCUGCACCCCCCGAAUUUGGUGUCUCUGGCUACAACUUGAUCUCCUCACAAAUCGGAAUCGAAGGUGACUUUAACUCUACCAAUAUCGAUCCAUCACUCGAUUCCUAUGAAUUCACCAUCUACCAGUACUCACAAUCCAUUCAAGCUGUCUAUUUUGGAAAGAACCUACCAUCCAACCCACAUCAUUCUCCAGCCCUCCCAAUCGUACUUGAAGAAAUAAGCAAUAUACUUUCUAUACCAGAAUUCAAUAAGAAAAAGAAAAGAAUAGAGAUAGAGAGAAUGAAUAGAUACAUUUUAAUCUCAAUACUUACUUUGAUCAUUGUAUUGAUAAGUAAUAAUGGAGUUAAAGGACAAGGACUUGUUGCAAUGAGAACCCCGUGUACGGCAACAUUCGACACUGGUUUAUUACUUGCCACCUUCCCAAUCGAUCAAUGUUAUCCUUCGUUGGACGGAAUCAGUUCGUUCAAGUUUACUAGAAUCAAUGCCAUCACGUACAAGAAUACAUUUAAAGAUCUCCUUUGCGUCACAGCUACAACUCCACCAACCAUAAUCAUCAGCUCACCAUCUCAAAAGGGUGUUUGUGAUACCAACUCUGAUACUCAAUAUGAACUCAUCACUGUCAAUGCCAUUCCUUCUAUUGGUGCUGCUUAUUUUGAAAGAAAAAGAUCGUGUAAUGAUCAAUAUCCAAUAAAUUAUGCUUUAUUAUUGUCUAGUGGUGUUACUCCAUGUCUUCAAAUGGAUCCAUUGUCAGCGUUGUUUUCGCCAUUUCAAACUUAUUGGUCAAGCUUUACUCAGAGUUCUGCCAACUCUUUGGACAUGACUGGUUUGUCGACUGUCAAUGGUUCGUGUCCUUCCACUGCACCCACCAAGGUGGUGACUAGCCAGUGUUCAUCAUCUUCAGUGACCAUUGCUGGAAGCAUAUUCACAUCUGCCCUUAUACUCACUGAUUAUAACCCAUCUUUUAAUGCACCAUUGUCAUUUGGUUAUAAUGGAUACCAAUUGCCAAAACCCCCCGUUACCUUUACCUCCUUUGAUGCAUACAUGUACUUGACCGAUGGAGCCACUGGAGCAACUCUUGAUUGCUACAAAAAUGAGAAAAGUUUGAAUUGGUUUGGAAAGUGUAAUAUCACCGACCCUCUACUCAUCGGUAAACAAACAUUUGUUCGACUACAAAUUGCUGGUCAAACUGUCACUCCAAGACCUAAUCUAUCUUCAUCUAAUUUCUCUCUUGCUCCUGUACCUGAAAUAGCAUCAUUUGAUAUAAUUGGAAUUGCAAAGGAUUCAAUUUUAGUUUCAUAUUCUUAUAGUGGAGGUAUGAGUGGGUUUGUACCGACCUAUCAAGUUUAUUCAAAUGGGGUCAUUGUUCCGCAAUGUAAUGGAAUUACUGUCAAGGAAUGUAAUAUUACUGGAUUGACUGCUGGAAGUACUGUUACUGUUGGUGUGACCGUCACGAUCAACGGAGCAACAAGUGUACAAAAGACAAUGUCUCAACUACUCCCACAAUUCCUAUUCUCUCCAGUCAUCACCUACACCACUGAUCCAACUUCAAUCAGCAUCAAUUAUAUUGCAGCAGGUGGUGAGAAUCCAGAAUCAACAACAACCUAUUCUGGUUGGUUGGAUGGUACUAGCUCAUUUACAAAUACUCAAGUCAAACAAUAUCAGUUUAGUGGAUUGACUACUUUCCAGACCUAUCAAAUCAAGGUAUCUGCAAGUAAUGCACAAGAAACUACCCUUUCCAUCAUAAUUGUUAAAUUGUGGGAUCUAGUAAAUGCACCAACAGUCACAUCGACAGUUGUUAAAUCCAAAUCAAUUGUCAUUAAUUAUUCGAGUACUGGUGGUGAUCCAACACUCACUCGUUAUUAUGUCAAUGCCAAUGGUGUACCUGUUCCCAAUUGCCAGGAUAUCGUAUCAACAACAUGUACCGUCACAACAACACCAUCAACCGGUUAUAUAUUUAAUAUUACAGCCAAUAAUAAUGGACGUAGUCAAUCAUUGACAACCACCAACUUUACAACAUACCCAACACUAUCAACACCACAAAUCAACAAUAUUGUCAGUACGAUUACAACCAUCUCAUUUAGUUAUAGUGCUACUGGAGGUGUACCAGGUCAAACUACCUAUCAAGUUAAAUUGAAUGGAACGGUCAUUGUUUUAGCAGCAUAUUGUCCAGCUCAAAAUUGUAGAUUCACAGUCCCCCCAGGAUCAUCAAAUGCAAUCAUCGUUGAAGCAACCAAUAAUGUUGAUUUCACAACUCAAUCAACAAAUAUUGUAGCAUAUUCAGUUCCGAGUAUAUCUGUAUUCAAGGUGACUGCGUUUACAAGCAGCUCAGUCACUAUUCAAUUUGAAUCAACUGGAGGUAUUCCAACUGUUGAUACAACUUAUUUUAUCUCUGUCAACGGACAAGCAGCUCUACAAUACACCAAAAUCAACACUGCCACAUUUGACAAUCUUACACCAGAUUCAACAGUCACAAUUUCCAUAACAGCAUCCAACAGUGGCUCAACAUCAACAAAACAAACAAUCACCCAAAAGAUAUCACCACUUUCUAUUAGUGAUCCAAUCAUCAAUACAGUGAUGGACUAUGAUACAUUAAAUAUGACAUACAGUUCAACAGGAGGAAGUCAAUCAAUCACAACCACCUAUGAUGUAUCGAUCAACGACCAAGUCAUUGUAACGGCAGACACCACCAAGAAAGCAACAUAUACAUUUUCAAAUGAACAAAAGAAAACACAAAGCACCUAUGUCAUCAAGGUUGUUGCUACCAAUGGUCAGCUGACAUCAGAAAAUUCGACAUCGAUCUUAUAUAUUCCAAAAUUAGAAUCACCAAUUGUUACAGUCGGAAUCAUUCCAAAUAAUGUUGGUAUUUCAAUCAGUUAUUCGUCUAUUGGUGGAAAUAAUCAGAUUACUACAACUUAUCAGGUGUUGGUCAAUGGAUUCCCAAUCGAUAGUGGAGCUACAACCUAUACAUUCUCAAAAAUGCAACAACAAACCAAACAAAGUUAUUCUAUUCAAGUUAUUGCAAGUAAUGGAGCAAUGACAUCAGAUAGCUCAACAACUAUCCUCUUCACACCAACUAUGGUACAGACAAUCAUCACAACAUCAACUGAUAGUAAUUCAAUAUCAGCUAGUUGGACACAAGUACCAAUUGCCGAUAAUUAUGUUGCUGGUGUGUCUAUUGAUGGAAUCGAUUGGAAUACAGUAUGUCAAGGUGUAAAUGUUACAAGUUGCCAAUUCACAGGAUUACAAUCAGAUACAACCUAUUACAUUCAAGUGAUCUCUUUAAAUACCAUUUCAGAAAGUAGUUCAACAUCAACUGUUCAAGCAACAACAGAAUCUAGCACUGUUGUAGUUUCAUUAUCAAAUAGAUUAUUACAACUGUCAACCACAUCAAAUAUUCUUGUUUUAUUUACUAUUAUCGUAGCAACAUGUUGGUCUAUCUAA